CCUCAUUCUUCUCCACUCAAAUAUCCUAAAGGUAGAGAUAGCGACCAGGAUAUUUUAUGCUAACGUUAUAUAUUUAAGGCGAUAUACUUUCAAACUAUAAAAACGGACAUAAAGUUAGUUCCGCUGUCAUAUUAGCUGGUUAACCAGUCGCCAUGGAAGAAAUGUGGAAUUUUGAAUUUUUGUCCCGCAUCGCUGACAGCUGCUGGUCGUUUCUCUCUCAAUUCAGGGACGAUUGGCAUGCCAAUGACAUGAGAGUCUCCAUAUUCAAGAUCCUUCUAAGCUGGUUAAUUUUUAGUCUUAUUGCAAUUCACUUUGCGUGGAAAGUCUACGGGAAUACAGUGAAUGAUAUGUAUUAUCGACAAGGGACUGGGCAGAACGGAGGCACACCGGAUACAGCUUCGCACCUGAGUGGAUGGGAAAGCAGAGCAGGAGAUACUCCAAAGACUCAUCGAGAUUAACAGGACAGUGGUCUUUGACUUUGGACUUUCCUCCAAAUGAGAGCGGAAUAGUUUUCAUCUUCCAGAGACACUGAGUGCACUCAAGAUUUCUGAAAACAUCCCAAGUGUGUUAAAGAUGGAAGCACCUUCUGAUUGACAGUGUCAUGCCGAUAUCCACUAUAUUGACACCAUGCUACUGCAAGCUACUCAUUUGUGCCUGUCAGCUUUGGUCAUUGAACAGGACUUUAUUCCACAAAAAUAUACCUAAAUUGAUAGGUUUGACUUCAUGGUUGCCUGUUUUUGUUUCAUUCAAGAGACAUCAGAACAAAUGUGAAAUGUGUUUGUGUGUGAAUUGUGGAUGCUUUACAGUUUUGAGCCCACAAUCAAAGAAACAUAUUUCAACUUGAUUUGAAUGGUUUGUUGAAGGGAAAGCAUGACAUUAUGCAUCAAGUCAGGACACGGGAUUAUUUGGACAUUUUUCUGAACUGCAUUAGCAGGAGUGAGAUAAUGGGGAUGUGCCCAGUUAUGAUCUGAAAGAUUCUCUGCAAUGGGCAGGGUCAUUUUUGUCACUGCUGUAAUACGUUUAUUGUCCAUCAGAAAAGACAUCCUUGAAAAUCAGUACAUGUCUUACAUCUUCUGACAUGUCUGAAAAUUUAACCAGUUUCUCAUGACAUGUAAGGAGCAUUGUGUGCACUCAAUAGGAGACACAGGUUGCCCAUGUUAAGGAUUUACCAUCUUUGACUUUUUCAAGUUUCAUUCAGAUUGAUCAAACUUAUGUCAUAUAUAAAAUACUACACAAGCACAUGUACUCCAUUUAUCACACUGUCAUGGGGAUGUUUCUCUGCAGUGGACUUUGGUGGCUUGUGAAA